AUGAUCCUCGGACUCGGAUCCGACAUUGCUCACAUCCCUCGGUUUAUCGCCAUCGCCUCCGGGCCCCGGGCUGCUCGCAUGGCUUCUCGCGUAUUACACCCGUCUCAUGAGGCUCCCAAGUUUCACGCGCUGCUUCAAACACCAACCGCAGCAAACGGUGCAGGCACCGGUAUCGAACUCGCUGCAAAGUAUCUCGCAACAUGCUGGGCCGUCAAGGAAGCCCUUUAUAAGACUCUUGAUCCUAUUGAUCAAGCCCACUGUCGUUUCAACAAAUGGCACCGGGAAUCGGUACUCCCAGUGAAUCUGAAACAAGACUCUUUACCAAACGUUGACCGGUUCCGUAAACCAACAAUCAUAAAUAACAGGUAUUCUGAAAAACACCCUAAAGAAAGAUUCCAUCUAACAAUCAGUCAUGAUGGUGAGUAUGUCUUUGCAACAGUCAUCCGUGAACAAGUGUCUAUCUGA